UUUAUAUGUCGGAGAACAUUUUUAAAAGAGAACUUACGCAAGCAUUCCGUUUAGCUGCCAUCAUUUGUUCGAUGGCCGAGUUCAGUUCUUUAAAACAGACACAAACAGGAGGCGUUUAUUGCAGUGGCCCGGAUAUUCUUAACAAUUAAUUUCCGAAAAUCCGAAAGUCUGGGAAAAAACACUAUGAAUCAUAGCGCCAUUUGAUAGAGAGAGAAAUGGAAGCAGAUUCGUCAGUGGGUGUGUCGAAAAUUUUAGCGGUGGCAGCGUGCACAGGCAUGUCACUCACAUAUGUAGGUUUGCUGUACGCUCCUCGUUAUAUUCUGCGGUUGCCGCCGCCUGUUUCCUUCAACGAAUACAUGCUGCGCCGCUUCUCUUCUGUCGCAGUUUCAUCAAUCAUUUCGCUCUUUAUGGCGACCCUGCUUCUCUUACCGGUUUGGGACUCUGGAAAGACACAUAUCACUUCUUUCUUGAGUGCAUAUGGACUUAAAACAGAUCAUCUGUGGCAGGCAGUUUUCUUUCCUCUCAUCUUGACUGCACUUCUGUAUUUGGGGCCUCUGAUGACAGCAGCUGUAGAUGUAAUUGGCAAACAAAAGCAAGAACAACUUCUCUGUGCUCAUGGAGCUUUGGGGAUAGUUUAUAGUGCUUAUAGAGAAUUGCUAUAUGGCAUAUAUGGAGCUGUGUCCAUGCGAUCAGAUGUCUUAGCAUGGCGCAACUAUGUGGUGGCGCCCUUGACAGAGGAGUUGGUCUUCAGAGCCUGCAUGAUACCUUUGCUUCUUUGUGGAGGAUUCAAACCUUAUAGUAUCGUAUUUCUUUGCCCACUAUUCUUCAGUUUAGCACAUUUGAACCAUUUUUGGGAGCUGUACUAUCAAAAAAAUUAUGGCAUAUGUAGAGCUGCCGCUAGUGUUGGUUUGCAAUUGGGAUAUACUGUAAUUUUUGGGUGGUAUGCAUCUUUUCUCUUCAUUCGAACAGGGCAUUUGGUUGCUCCAAUUAUGGCACAUAUAUUUUGUAACAUCAUGGGAUUGCCAAGCUUGUCAUGUAUACAGAGAGGGAAAGCAACAACUAUGGCGUUUCUGGCCGGCAUAGCAGGUUUCUUUCUGAUGCUUGCUCCAGUAACUAAUCCUGUUUUAUAUAAUGAUAACAUUACUAGUUGCAAGUGCUGGCAAGGGUUUUGCAAGUUUAAGUCUGAACUAUAAGACAAUUGAAGCUGAGUAGUAUUAGCUUUUGCCUGCUAGGAAAGGUUUGUGGCUAAUUUUAUAAAUUUAAGAUUUUUAAGAAAAAUAACUUUAGCCACACUUCUGGAUCUGAGGGCUGGUUUUGUUUGGUGAUCGCAAGUCAUGAUUACUUUGGUCCUUAAUCAAAUAUAUAUGUAGGAGGGUAUGAUUACUUUGGCCCUCCUUUUUACUUGCAAUUUUUUAAAAUUACAACAAGACUACGUGUUCAUUUGUAUGUACACAUAUCUCAUUUCUUUUAAUGAUAUGAAUAAAUUGAGGAUUUGGGAGUGAUCAA